AUGAGUUGCAGAAUAACUAUUCAAAAGCAAAACUAAGAUAUAUUAACUCAAGUGGAUACGAAGAGCGGAUUGUAAAUUUUGUUAUAGUUAUAAGUUUGACUAUUAUAGCAGUAAUUGAGAUGAAUAGGUUAGAUAUGAUGGCAAAUAACUUAAAACCAAAAGCACUUGCUGAGGAAGAAAUUCAAGCAAGAAAGGAACUUUUAUUGAAUGAGACUCUCUACAGAGAGUAGAUCAAUUAGAAGUCUCUUGGGAUGGUUUGA